GCUAAGCCACGCCUCCUCAGCUACUCACGCAUCAACAUGGCGACGUGCAGGAAGAUGGGGCGAAGCAGGAGAAAUAUUUGUGCUCUUUCGCUGGUUAUUGUCCUACAACUGUUGAACAACGGCUGCCUGUCAGCCCCGUCAAAUCUCACGACGCAAGGAAAUGAUCAGGGAGCAAUCACAUCUCAAAAUUUUAAUCAGACCGCUGUCACCAGUGAAGCAAGUAAAACAGAUCCUGGACAGAGUCCAACUUUACCAGGAUCCAAGUCUCCCCCAAAACCUGCUGACAAUGGCUCCACAACAAGUCAAGCAGAUGCUCCCAAGGAAAACUUCACAACAGCCAUUCAAGAGAGUAAGGAAACGCAUUCAGAAGACAUCAUUGAUGCUGAUAACCAGCCACACACUGACAGAAAACCAUAUCGUCUGAAUAAUGACACCCAACAUGCGGAAAUGGGUGAACCUGCUACUUCUAAAACCACUUUAGCCUCUACUAAAGCUCCCUCCACCUCUGACAAAACCCCUGAACCAGUGAAACCUGUUACAGAAAAUCCAGAGGCACCCACCUCUGACAACAAGCCCUCCAACACAGUGAACCCACCCACUGCGCAGUACACCGACUCAGACCUGCUGCAGAGCACUGACAGAGCGACGGCAUCUCAACUUGAUUUGGACGAUUACACAAAUGAAGGCGAUGAAGAUGACGAUGAUGAUGUCUACGGGGACAACAUUGACAGUGACAACAUGGACAGCAUAGACACCCUAUACGAAAGCAGUGACGGCAGCAAAGAUCAGACUGUGGACAGACUGCAGCCGGCAGAUGGGAUGCAGGUGACCCGAUACAACGGAGCGGACAGUUACAACACGGAGGAUGAGGACUCCCACUUCUUCUUCCAUCUGGUCAUCCUGGCUUUCCUGGUGGCGAUCGUGUACAUCACCUAUCACAACAAGAGGAAGAUCUUCCUCCUGGCUCAGAGCCGACGCUGGAAAGACGGCCUGUGUUCCCGCAACACCGUGGAAUAUCACCGCCUGGACCAAAAUGUCAACGAGGCCAUGCCGUCCCUCAAGAUGACCCGAGACUACAUCUUUUGAUCAACCUCCUGAAGAACAAUAUGUCCAGACCUGCACAGAGCCAGUUGGCCUUCCUGCCCGGCCAGUCGCAUUGUUGAGAUGCUGUUCUUUGUCAUGGAGCUUGAUGCUUUCUCUUGCUUUACUGGCCAACUGGAGAGCAGCAGUUGUUUCGUCUGUUGAAUAGCAUUAUGUUUGUUCGGGACUUUUUUUUUUGUUGUCCGCAUAGAGAGAUUUUUACUGUUUAUCUGUUAUUUGUUAUGUUAUUUGAACAUUAUGUCUUUUUCUAAAUUAAUAACGUCUUGGGAUUUAAUAUUUUUGUUUAUUCGGGGUCUUAUAUCUGUCUCUUUUUGAGAGUCUUUCGGCCUUAUGGUCCCUCUACAUGUUAAUGUAACUUAGUUCAUAAUAUAAUGCUUAAAAUUACUGUAUAACAGUUGAUUAUUUAUCCCAAGAUCAAUAAUAGGUUAGUCUUAUCAGCAGUCAGCCAAGAUAUGAAUUGACACACCACGCAUUUGCUUUUUAAACAAGUGUUGCUGUCUCAUGCAUACUUGUGUAUCGUAAAGGUGUGAGUAGGCAAAAAAAAAAGCAGCAGCCUCAGCAGCUGAUACACACAUACGUAUAAUAUGAUAUGUAUGUGUGUAUUUAUGUAUGUGCAUAUGGUCCUAAAGUGGUCCACUGCUCAUGUUGAAAUGGUCCGUUUGCCUUCGAUCUGACUGUAAGUAAAGUCCGGCACGAAAGUAAAACAUUGAGGAAAAUGAUUGAAAUGUAUAAAUUUAAAUGCAUUUGUACUGGACAAGGACGAUAUCUGAGUUUAUUAACAUAAAUUUUAAAAAAACGGUAGCUGUUUUGACAACACUUAUUUUUACUGUGACACGUUAGCAGACAUUUGGUAAAAGCCUUUUCAUUUUGCAGUAUGUAAGGAAUUUAAAUUCCCCUUUACAUGUUGGGAUAUUAAGCAUUAAGUCAAGGAGGGUGACUGAUCUUCAGAUGAGGGGUCUGUUGCUUAAGCCAUUUAAAUGAAGACAGAUGAUGUAUAUUGUUCAAGUCAGAAUGUACUAAUAUAAAGUUUGGGAGAAGAUUUUAUUGCCAGACUUGUUCCUUUUUCACCAGUUUAUAUUUGUCUGAUAAGGUAUGUCUUCUACUGCCCAGAUUUUGCUAUGCAGAAAUCAUGGGGCUGGCCCUCUUUGUGUUAUGACUUCGGUGAAGUCUCUAUCAGUCAUUUAUCGUUUUAUUCAGUCUUUUCAUCUUCACUGUAAUGGCUAUUGUUCCCCCCAUGCAGAGUACAGCUUGGUGAGCUCGUAUCUCUGUUUAUCAGAAGUUUUGCACACUUUGCGUGGCCUGAUGUUCACAUGAGCACCAAAAAACAAACAAACAAAACAAUACCAGAUCAUUGUUUUUUUCCUCCCCACUCUUGACUAUUCAUCACAGCCGCAAGUUGUUUUUCUGUCUGUUGCCUUGUCAUGCCUUCAGUUAAAAUGCCACAACUGCCACACGAAUACACAUAUUUGUCUCUUGUCGCCUUCAGCAGAUUGUUUUCAGCUGUCUUGUCUAUAUACAAGCUACACCGUGGUUAGAUAAAUAAUACGAAUUGCACUGUGCCGUUCAGUCAUACUAGGUAGAAUAUAAGGGGACGAGGUGACCUGUGUUAAUGUGAUGGAUCAACACCGCUCUUGCAAUCAACAGUAGAAGCUGUACAAUCUCUUUUUGUCAAUAAAGCACAAAUUGUGUACAGUC